GACCUUCCGCCCUGUCGCUUUGGCAAUGGACAUCGAGACAGGUUAUCUGAGCUGAACCUGAAGCUGCGCAAGAGCGGUGGUGACAUCUCGGACUCCUUCGGCAUGCUCCAGUAUGUCUCCAAGAACAGUCAGCAUGGCAACCGCCGUCAGAUGGGUCCGGAACCACAUUUGAUCAAGUUGGCCAUGGUGGAUCUGGAGAUGAGCACUCCGGCUGCAUCAGUGACUUCAGACAUGGUCAAUGGCAAGUUGAUGGAGACCAAAGGAAGGAUGUUGCAGUGGGCCAUCCCAACGUCAAUUGCCCUGAAAUGCCCUGAGCAUGGCAUGACCCACGCCCAAUACAUGGAGCAGCUGAAGGAGAACGGACCAGCGGAUCACCCCAAGAUCGAUCCCAGUGUGCGCCAAGUCAUGGGCUAUCCCCUGAACAAUGUGAACAGCAACAGCCUUCCAUCCCGAGCUCUGGGUCCGGAGGAGGAACGGGCAGUUCAGAGCCAGCCACCUGCCACAGUGACUCCAAGUGCAAAGUCAGCGGUUGCGAAGAAAGCCCCAAGUCCGACUCCCAAGGUGCCAGUCAAGAAGGAGAAGCCGACCACACCAGAGCUGAUGGAGAUCCACUCCAGCGACAGCGAGGGACCAUGGAAGGUCACACCUACACCUUCGGAUCAGAGUGCCAGACUUCAUGGACAAUUCUCCAGCCAUAAAGAGGAGAUCCGUGAGGAACUGGGGAGUGAAGGACCAGCUAAGGUUGCAAAGGUGGAGGACCUAGUGGAGAAGGUGGUGGUCUCAGGCAAACGUGCCAGCCCAUCGCAACCGAGCCAGCAUCUGGAAGGCCUUUACUUUUGGGCCGUCAUUGGCCGCUGCAUUCGGGGCUUCAGGGCACAAGCCGAGGAGCUCUCCAAUCUCCAAAACAGUUGUCGCAAAUCCCGUGGCCUGCCUUCACUCAUGGGCUAUGAUGCGAACUGCCGCUUAGUUAGCGCUCGACAUGUCUGCCCUGGCGAGUCGGACGAAACCGACGUCAGCUCGGAGGAAGAUGAGGACGACAUGGGUUUCCUUGGAUGCUGUGGACCAGAACGUGUGCUGUGCAAACCUUUCGUGGCCGACACCAAGUCUUACAAAGUGAAGGGUUUCGUUCAGGACGGCUCCGAAAACUCUGAGGAGGAGAAGUGCGUCACAUCCUGCUGUUGCUGGUGGGCGACUGGCAAGAGCCACGACGUGGCCAGCAGGAGCUGGUGGAAACAGAAGAAUUUGUUGCUUUUGAUCGAUCUCCCGGAAGCUCUGACGGAGAAGAGUAGGCCAUGCCAGCGAUGGCCUCUAAAGAAAGUGAUGCUCUUAGAGCACCUCCUCAAGCGCAUCACUUUCUUGAGAGGCCAUCGCGGGCAUGGCCUUGCUCUUGAGGAGGCAGCUAAUGCUGAUGGAGUUGGUUCGUUGCAGGAGUCUUCCACGUUUUCCACGACAGCGGCAGAGUUGGGCGUGCAGAGCCACUGUGCAGAGGAUGAAGAUGUUCCACAGCCAGAGCACGAGCCAGCUGAUGAAGCAAGCGCCCUAAAUGUCCUGGAGGUCAAGGAGGGUGAAAAGGAUGAGGAAACGGAUGAGGAAAAGAAUAAGAAAAAGGAUGAAAAGGACGAGGAUGAAGAACUCACGGCGUCAUUGGUUGCUGGCGCCUUUGUAGCAUCAGAUGCAGAGCAGCCAGAGGGGGAACCACCGAGUUAUGUGGAGUCGCAGGCGGAUGGCGAGGAUCCCUUUGAAGCCCUGGGCCAUGUACCGCCUGAAUCGGAAUCCGAUCUCGGAGAAGCUUCUGCAGAAAUUGCAGGUUUCGCACCAGUGCUGGGAGCAUCUGAUAUGGAGGCUGCCUGGCGAGCUGAUUGUGCUGUGCAUGGCGCGCCUGGUCCUCACAGUGACUCGGAUAUGCAAACUGAUGACAGCCCUGCGGUCCAACCUCUGGAAGAGGCUGUGAAGAAGAUAAGCAGCAAAGAACAGAUGGCAGCAAAGAUGGAGGAGAGGCGGAAGCUUGAAGGUCUGCUUCCACAAGCAGAACCGCUGGUUCAGCAGUUCUUUGAGAAGCCGGGGGAGAAGCUGGUUCUGCGGUUCCUCCCCCGGCUUCUCAAAGAAGUGCUGAACCAGCGGUUUGAUGACAGCCCUGCGGUCCAACCUCUGGAAGAGGCUGUGAAGAAGAUAAGCAGCAAAGAACAGAUGGCAGCAAAGAUGGAGGAGAGGCGGAAGCUUGAAGGUCUGCUUCCACAAGAACCUCAGGAG